UUCUAACAUGAGACUCUGUUUUUUACCAGUUGACCGGUUACCCAACAAAGAACUUAGCCUUUUCGCUUCCUUUCCAGAGAAACAGAGCUCCUUCCUCAACCCUCCAUCUGUCCAUCCCAACCCAAUUCAUCUGCCACAUCGCCAGGGAGAAUUGGCUCUUUAAAAGCUUUCCCAUUAGAGAAUCGAUCGUUCAGUGGAGAUUAAGAAGGUCCUCUGCAACCAUGGCGAAGAUCAGGAAGGGCGUGACCCUGACUCUGAGGCUCAUAGCUCUGGCUGCUACGGUGGUUGCAGUUGUGAUCAUGGUCACCAGCAAGGAGACUGCUCGUGUCCUGAACUUGACGUUCACCGCCAAGUUCACCCACACCCCUGCCUUCAAAUAUUACGUUGUCGCAGAAGCGAUUGCUGGAUUGUACACCGUUCUAGCCCUUCUGUUGGCUUCGAAGAGCUUGUUGUCGCGAUUGACCCUGAUUCUGGAUCUGGUGGUGGCAAUGUUGCUAACUUCGAGCAUCUCUGCCGCGCUGGCGAUCGCUCAAGUGGGGAAGCAGGGGAACAGCCACGCCGGCUGGCUGCCGAUCUGCGGGCAAGUCCCUCAUUACUGCGACAAGCUGGUUGUUUCUCUCGUCGCCGGCUUUGUGGCUGCGCUGGUCUAUUUACUGCUACUCCUCUACACGCUUCGUGCUGCACUCAGUCCUGUUUUCGCCAUUAAACCUUAGGAAAAUCAUGUGAUGUAAUGUUACGAAGCUAGCUAUUAGCUACCUUUUUCUUUUUCCUCAUUGUGUUUUGUCUUGUUGAUAUAAUGGUAUUUUUAGCAUAGUUUAUGUGUACUAUUUUUGUUCUUAUAUAAGAUGAUUGAGAAAAAAUUUAACGAAUUUCACUAUGUAGGAUAUGAUGUAUUUUGUGAAACUAUUGUUUGAUUUAAUACAUUUGUGCUAGAAAA